AUGGAGGGUGAUUAUCCAAACAAUGGACAAUCCUACAGUGAACUAGCUAAUGAAAUACAUGGGAAGUACUUAACGGAUGUUUUCAAUCCAGAAAAUAUCGAUUUUCAGAUUCUUUCUACAAUACGGUAUGAUCCCAAAUUAACUGUUAUACCACCAAUUAUAGCUUCGGAUAUUACGAAAGACAAUUUCUUUUUGUUUGAUGAACACUAUCAUAGAUUAGUAUUCACUUUGAAAUACUUUCAUGUUCAGACUCAUGAUCUGGAUGAACUAGCCUUCGAAAUUCCACAGGACUUUUUAUUAUCAAAACUCAUUGAAGCCAUAACCUUAUCUGAUAGAUUAGUAUUUGAACCAAUGAAAAUAAGAUUGCUAGUCUCAUUAGAUGGUGAUGUUAAAGUGGAACUACAUGACACUGGUUAUAGAGAUAACUUGCUUGAUGGAAUUCAAGAUAAUUCUUUUUCACCAGAAGAUAUCUGGGAUGUUUACAUUGAUAAAGAGCUGACAUUUAUGUCGCCGUUUACAUCAUUCAAAACGACAAAUAGAAAAGUAUAUACUGCUGCAAGAGAAAGGGUAUUACCAGGUAUAAGGGCUGGGAAGGAAGAGGUUUUGUUGAUUAAUGGGCUGGGGCAUUUGAUGGAAGGGUCUAUUACAAACGUAGCUAUAAGAAGAAAAAAGGAUGGUAAAUGGAUUACACCACAAUUGAGCAGUGGUUGUUUAUGUGGGGUGAUGAGACAUUUUUUAUUAAGAAAAGAUUUUAUUGAAGAAGAAACUAUCUUGUUGAGAUCGCUAGAAAUAGAUACGGAAAUUCUAUUAUUUAAUGGAAUUAUGGGUGUUGUAAGAGGUAAAAUAGUCGGAUAG